AUGGCGUCUGCGUCCAAAAUACUGUUUAGUCCCUCGAUGAUGGGUGGCAGCUCCAGAGGAGAACUCGACGAUGGUGUAAUCAGGGUGGAAUGUCAAGGUGGUUCUGAUGGCAAGGAAUGGGACCAUGGUGCUUACACCGGUGUAAGAAAUGUGUCUGUUACGACGUUUCUCUUUUGGCUAUCGCAUAUCGUAGUUGACUACGACAAAGCCGGCGAAGUGGAAACGCUUGUAAGCGGGGAUAUAAAAGUAGAAAAUCUGUACCGAGAAGAAGAGAAGUUUGUACUUGACUAUCCAAAUGAAUAUAUUACAUCUGUAGAGGGGACCCGUGACGAAGCAAGAGUUAGGUCCUUGAGUUUCAAGACAUCAAAAGGGAGAACUUCUCCCACAUAUGGCUUUGUGAAUAUGCAAGCUUUCGUAUCGAAGAGCUUCGUAUUGGAGAGCAAAGGUAAGGCUCUUGUCGGGUUGCAUGGAAGGGCUAGUUUGGAAAUUAAUGCUAUCGGGGCAUAUUUUGGUCCUCCUCCUCCUCCUGUGGAGAAACUACAAGGAAAAGGUGGUGACAGAGGAGCCUUAUGGGACGAUGGUGCUUUUGACAGUGUGAGAAAGAUAUACGUGGGACAGGGUCAAAAUGGUGUUGCAUCCGUCAAGUUUGUGUAUGGCAAGAACAACCACGUGGUGGUAGGAGAAGAUCAUGGAAAGAAGACUAUGCCUGGAUACGAAGAGUUCGAGUUGGAGUACCCGAAUGAAUACAUCACGGCGGUGGAGGGUUGUUACGAUAAACUAUCUGGAAAUAAAUCCACAGUAAUAACCAUGCUUAAGUUCAAGACCAAUUUAAGAACUUCUCCGGCUUUUGGAGUCGAUUCUACCUCAAGCUUCGUACUCGAGAAGGAAGGUCACAAAAUCGUAGGAUUCCAUGGAAAAUCUAGUCACAAGCUCCAUCAGCUCGGGGUCAGUGUCGCAUUCAUAUUUGGCUUCAACAAGAUUCGACGAGAUGACAUGGAAAACCCACAUCUAUCAGAUUGUUUGGAAUUGACGCUUCGCCGUGUUGCUGCUACGCCUCCGGAGCUGAAAACGGUGUUCAGUGAAAAGCCCUUUAGCGAAUUGCUGGGAAAAUUAGAGGUGUCUUGGCGGGCUAUAGCUAAGGUGCUUGCUGAUGCGGAUCAUAAAGCACAUGAUGUUCAAGAAGUUAAGAGGUGGCUCACCAAAUUCCAAGAUGCUUCAUUCCAGGCAGACAAUAUUCUCCAAGACAUAUUAGAAGUUUCGGGAAGAUGCAUACCUUCACAAAGCCCUGAAAUCAGGAUGUCAAAUUGGAAUCUUACAAAUAAGCUCCGGAAAAAGCUAGAUGGCGUAGUUUCACGACUGGAACAUCUUGUGGGUCAAAUAAAAGUGCUAAGUCUGAGAGACUGUGGGAGCUCUCAGUCUACAGAAGCACAGUGGAAGCCAAGGUCACACAUGAGACCUCUUUCUCAUGACAGAUAUUUUGGGCGAGAGGCAGAUAAGUUAGCAUUUACCAGUUUGCUACUUUCUGAUGACAUAGCUUCAUGUGGGAGGUCAACAGAAGCACGGUGGAAGCCAAAUUCACCCAGGAAUCCUUUCUCUCUUGCCAAAUAUUUUGGGCGAGAGGCAGAUAAGUUAGCAUUUACCAGUUUGCUACUCUCUGAUGAUAUACCUUCAUGUGGGACCCUAAAUGUUAUCUCAGUGAACGGUAUGCCAGGGAUUGGCAAGACUACACUGGUGGAAGUCAUUUACAAUGACAAGAGUAUGACCAGACAUUUUGAUUUUAAGGUGUGGGUAUAUGUUGGGCAAGACUUUGAUGUCUUGAGGGUGACAAAAGACGUGCUCCACCAAAUCACAUCUGCUGCGAGUAACGAUGAGGAUCUACCUUCACUUCAAGUACAACUGAUGGAAACACUGCAGAGGAAGAGGUUUCUACUUGUUCUUGAUGAUUUUUGGUCUGAGCGUAGUGAAGAUUGGAACCUUUUCCUCACUCCUUUCACUGGAGGAUCUAAAGGAAGCAAGAUUGUUUUAACUACUCAAAGUCAUAUUGUCACUUCUAUCACGCAGGCAGCUCGAACCUACCAACUGAGGCUGAUGCCAGAUACAGAAUGCUGGGAGUUGAUCUGCGGUUCUUUUUGUGAGUAUAACUCAGUAAACUCUAUAAGCGAAGAACUAGAAAGAGUUGGCAAAAAUAUUGCAGAACAAUGUAAGGGCUUGCCAUUAGCCGCCACAACUAUCGCAUCUCAUCUUCGGACCAAGCAAGACCAAUUGGAAUGGAAUGUUGUAUCAAACAAUUUCUUACACUACACUUCCGGUGUCCUUGAAGUUUUCAGGCGAAGCUAUGAUUCUCUCCCUAGUCACCUUAAGAGAUGUUUUGCGUUCUGUUCGAUAUUCCCAAAGGGUUACGAGUUUGAUAGGAAGAGCUUGGUGCUUCUAUGGAUGGCACUUGACCUCUUAUACCAACCAGGGAGCAACCGAAGAUUGGAAGACAUUGGUAACAAGUACCUAGAUGAACUAGUUGCUAGAUCUUUUCUUCAGACAUUGGACUCUAAGAAAAGGUUUAAAAUGCACGAUCUCAUGAAUGAUUUAGCUGUAACUGUUGCGGGAGAUCUUUGCUUCAGACUGGAAGAUGAAAACUUGGUGCGGCAGAUACCAGAGAGGGUCCGACAUUUAUCAUUGUGUGGAAAGCAAUGUGAUUCUUCUGUAGCCUCCGGAGCGGAGUAUCUGAGAACCUUUCUUCCGCUACUUGUCUCGCCGUCCUCUGUUCUUGACCCAUUGCCAAACUUCUCAGAAAAGGCAUUGAGUUGUCUACGAAUUCUAAGCUUGUCUCAUUACACUGUCUCCAAAGUUCCUGAAUCAUUCAUGGGAUUGAAGCAGCUACGGUAUCUAGAUCUUUCCAACACCGACGUGCAAGAAAUGCCAGAGUUUGUUUUCACCCUCCGUAAUCUACAGACGCUUCUAUUGUCAAACUGUCGUCGACUCAGAAAACUGACAGAAUACAUAAUACAGCUCAUCAACCUGCGUCAUCUCGUCCUUAAGCAUACUCCAUUGGUAGAGUUGCCACAAGGAAUUAGUAAGCUUAUAAGCUUGCAGAGGCUGUCAAAUUUUGUUAUAGGAAAUCUGAGUGGUGCAGGGCUGCAAGAACUUAGAGAACUUUCUCAACUUCGUGGGACACUUCACAUCUCUGAGCUGCAAAAUGUUGUCUCCCUAACAGAAGCAAGUGACCCUGGUCUGAUGGAGAAGCCACUCCUCAAAAAGCUGGUUCUCACAUGGAGCAGUGUGGAAACUUCUGGUUCCAAUACAGUAGCGUGUGACCAAGGCGAGGUGCUUAAAAUGCUGCAACCUCAUCCUUACUUGGAAAAGGUUAGCAUAAUCUCUUAUGGAGGUGAGACAUUUCCUAACUGGUUGGGUGAUACUUCAUUCAUCAACAUGACGUCUGUGUCCUUGAGUAGCUGCAAUCUCUGCACUUCACUGCCUCCACUGGGACAGCUGCCUCACCUCAGGUCCCUCAGCAUUGAGAAGUUCAAGAUACUUCAGGAGGUUGGUUACGAAUUUUUCUAUGGUGACAAGGGCAAUGCCUCGUCCCUACAGCCAUUUCCAUACCUUCAGAAUCUAAGCUUCUACGACAUGCCAAGAUGGGAAGAAUGGCGUUGUCCUGAAGUAGAAGGAAAGAUCUUUCCACGGCUUAAUAAGCUCACCAUAAAAUGUUGCCCCGGCCUCAAGAAGUUGCCAAAGAAUCUCCCAUAUUUCACUCAAGUUACUAUCUCGGAUUCCGCUUCAAGUUGUGAGGACGAGGAUGAUUCUGUAAACAUCUCAGAACCAUCUUUGUCUAAACACAAGGAGAUACAUAUGCCUGAUCAACCCGAAAGCUCGGCACAGAACUAUGAAGACAUAGCCGUAGCCUCGGAGCCAUGUCAGAAACGUGAUGGCUUAUGGGAAGAUGAUGUGACUACUACACUCUCUAGUGAUGAUGACAGCACUUCUGAGGAAAUGAUGACUCAGCAAGAUGAAGAUGAAGAUGACACAGCUUUCGAGAGUUUUAAAGCGACAGAAGUUCAUGAGCUGGAAAAACUUCCUACGAAUCUGAACAGACUACAGAUUGAAGGAUGCCCCGGACUAGAAUCUCUGCCAGAGAGCUUGUUGCAAGACUGUCCUAAUCUCCAAGAACUUUUAGUCGUUGGUUGCCAUUCCCUGAAGGGCUUUACCUUUCUUGAAGGAUACCCUUCAUCCACUUUGAAGACUCUGUACAUAAGAGAUUGCAUGAAGCUGGAACUUGGAGAAAGUUUCAUAUUCCAAGAGCUCGAGGAUCUCUUCAUAGGCAGUAGUUGCAGCACUCUCUGCUCAUUCCCCUUAGCCUUGUUUCCGAAACUCAAAAGCCUUUCAAUAAGACAGUGUGAGACAUUCAUCUGUUUCACCGUCACCUUGGAUAGUGGUGAUGUUGGUUUAGCUCUUGAGUCCUUGGAGAUUACGGAUUGUCCAAACCUGGAACGUUUCCCAAAAGAAGGAUUGCUAACCCUGAAACUCACAUCAAUGCUACUCUCAAACUGUAGGAAUCUCAAAGAACUUCCUGCAGAUUUGUCUACAUUCACUUCUCUUAUGUCGAUUCAUAUAAACGAUUGUCCUAAACUUGAAGACAUUCCGGACCAGGGUUUCCCCAAAAGUCUUAUGACGCUUUGCAUCAGUCGCUGUCAAAAGCUCAGACCAAAAGUGGAGUGGUUCAUGUCUCGUCUUGGUAACUUGCGUGAUCUUGAGAUCGAUGGAGGAAAUGAUGUCGACACUGAAUCAUUCCCUGAUAAAGACCUCCUGCCUCGGAGCCUUUACUCUCUACGCAUAAGGGAUUUCAAGAAUCUGCAGACUCUGAAUUACCAAGGAACUCAAGGCUUACGAGCUCUGGGGAUACUUGAAAUCAGCGGAUGUGAUAAGUUAGCAUCACUGCCAGAUGAAGGACUUCCUUCCUCACUGUCUCUCCUGCGUAUCAAUGGCUGUCCUGUUUUGAAAGACAAGAUAUGUAAAAGAGAUAUGGAAUGGUUCAAGAUCAAGGAUAUCCAGCUGGUGGAGAUCGAUGGUGAACAACUCCUCCGUGGAAGGUAUCUAUAA